GACAAUCUGGCUAGAGGAUUUAUUCGACCCUCCUCUUCCCCUGUAGGGGCUGGUUUCUUUUUUGUGGGAAAAAAGGAUGGCGGAUUAAGACCCUGUAUUGAUUAUCGUGGAUUGAAUCAGAUUACCAUCAAGAACAGUUAUCCUCUGCCCCUUAUUCCUGAACUUUUUACUUAUCUUCAGGGAGCCACCAUUUUCACCAAACUCGACCUACGUGGUGCAUACAACUUGAUCCGUAUACGCAAAGGAGAUGAGUGGAAGACUGCCUUUAACACUCGAUUUGGGCAUUAUGAAUAUUUGGUCAUGCCCUUUGGGCUAUGCAAUGCUCCGGCGGUUUUCCAGCAUUUUGUAAAUGAGAUCUUUCGUGAUUUUUUGAAUAUUUUUGUUAUCAUAUACCUGGACGACAUCUUAAUUUUUUCUCAGAACCACCAAGAUCAUGUGCACCACGUCAAGAAAGUACUUCAACGUCUAAGAGAAUUCCAUCUGUUUGCUAAACUGGAGAAAUGUUCUUUCCAUCAAAAAAUCAUACCCUUUCUGGGUUAUGUAAUAUCGGCAUCUGGAUUCGAAAUGGACCCUACUAAACUUUCUGCCAUUUUGGAUUGGCCUAGACCUGAUUCUUUGAAGGCUUUACAACGUUUCCUAGGCUUCGCCAAUUAUUACAGAAAGUUCAUCAAGAAUUUUGCUACUAUUACUUCUCCUCUUACUUCUCUCCUCAAACAACAUGUCUGGUGGCCUACACUCUCUCAAGAUGUGAAGGAUUACGUCUCAGUAUGCACACAAUGUGCCAUGAACAAAACUCCACGCCAACUUCCUUCAGGAUUACUCCAACCAUUGCCUAUACCUCACCAGCCUUGGACUCAUGUAUCCAUGGACUUUAUUACCGAUCUUCCCUUGUCCACUGGGAACAAUACUAUCUGGGUGGUGGUCGACAGGUUCACUAAGACGGCUCAUUUUGUACCCUUGCCAGGAUUACCAUCUGCCAAAAGACUCUCUGAACUUUUUAUUCUACAUAUUGUAAGAAUCCAUGGAUUUCCUCUUGAUAUUGUUUCAGAUAGAGGGGUACAAUUCGUUUCUCGAUUUUGGAGGUCACUUUGUAAACAUUUUGGUACUACUAUAUCUCUCUCUACUUCUCACCACCCACAAUCGAAUGGUCAGACUGAAAGAGUAAACCAGUGUCUUGAAACAUAUCUUAGACAUUAUGUGGAUCAUUAUCAUUCUAACUGGACUUCUUACCUUCCUUUGGCUGAAUUGGCCCAUAAUGCCCGGUACAAUUCCUCCCUUCAGACUUCUCCUUUUCAUGCAGCUUACGGAUAUCAGCCUAACAUAGAUUAUGAUGAUUUUAUGGGAUUGGGUCAGGAUUAUUAUCUGGACCAUGAUUGGGAGGUGUAUGAGCCCUCUCAUAGUGAGGGCCCUUCCACUUCUGAGGCUUUCACCCAGCGAAUGCUAGCUGUGGAUCAGACACUUGAGGACAAAUUAGUUGAUCCAGCAGGAAAAAAUAUCAGAUAUCCUCAGUCUUCUAAGUGGUCCCUGGCUUCCCACCUCACCUUCUCUUCCUGGGAAGGAGUUGGCCACACCAAAGUUUGA